AUGGCAGUUCCGGCAUCUUCCGGUGCCCUGACAGCGUUCGCGAUACUCCAGCUGGUCCUAGGCUUCAUUGCUCUGAUACUUGCAACCUUUGCCGCCGUCUGUUUCGGCGUCGAAUUCGCGUAUGGCGUCGUUUGGUGGUCGUUUGGCUGGACACUGGUCACCGCUUGCCUUCACUGGUGGACUGAUGACCUUCGACGCUCGACCAUAGAACAAGCGAUCCAUCUUGCCUUUGCAGCUUUCACUCUGAUCAGCUGGGUGGUGGCCACUGGCGUGCUUGUUUCUUUGAACAUACAUUUGCACCACCUCUCCGAGAUCUACGCAGAUGAUAUCAGGAAUGAUGUCCCACUGACUGGCGAGUUGUUGACCCAUCAAUUCAACAGCCUGGGUUUGGGCGGGCUUUAUUGCAGCUACGCGGCCAACGCAGUGACGGGUGUCAUCUUCAUGAUAUUCUUCUUAUCAUUCUAUCGAGGCAUCAAACUCCUGAGACUAUCCAGGGCAGCCAUGUCGAGCGACAAUUCGGAGCCGCACCUUUCAUAUGAGAAACUUACGAUGCAGGAGCAAGUGGUGCGAAAGAUGGCAUCCGCAUCCUCAUCCUCGUGA